GGAGCCACGUGUGCCCAGGGGAGGCGGAGCUGGGCCGUCAGUGGGGCGGCUGGGAUUCUCCAAGGGGCGCGUCUGCAGAGGAAGCUUCGGAAAUCCAGGGCUUGCUUUCUCCCCGGUGCAAGACUGAAGAUGCUAAGGCGGCAGAAGUCAGCCAGGGCGCGUGGCUCACGACCCGCCCCCAACCCCGGCCUCGCUUCGCCUUCUCGGUCCUCACCAGGCCGUCUGGCUGCCAGGCCUCCGACCUCGCGGGAGUAGAGGCGCGGCCGGCAGGGGGAGCCGCGGCGGCCGGGCCGGUCCAGCCGAGGCCGCCGAGGGCACCGCCCACUGGGGUCCCGGGUCCUCUGACCCGGCGAAGCCGUGCCGGCUGCCCGGAUCCCCGGCCGGGAUGCACUUCAGCACCGUCACCAGGGAUAUGGAAGCCUUCACGGCCAGCAGCCUGAGCAGUCUGGGGGCCGCGGGGGGUUUGCCGGGCGCCGACCCGUACGGCCCGCGCGAGCCGCCGCCGCGCUACGACCCGUGCGCCGCCGCCGCCGCCGCCACCGCCCCCGGCGCCCAGGGCCCGCCGCCGCCGCCGCCGCCGCGCGCCUACCCUUUCGCGCCGGCCACUGGGGCCGCCAGUAACGCCGCCGCCGCCGCCGCCGCCGCCGCCGAGCCCGAGGGCCCCGGGGCUAGUUGCGCGGCGGCCGCCAAGGCACCGGUGAAGAAGAACGCGAAGGUGGCCAGCGUGAGCGUGCAGCUGGAAAUGAAGGCGCUAUGGGACGAGUUCAACCAGCUGGGCACGGAGAUGAUCGUUACCAAGGCCGGCAGGCGCAUGUUCCCCACCUUCCAAGUGAAACUCUUCGGCAUGGAUCCCAUGGCGGAGUACAUGUUGCUCAUGGAUUUUGUGCCGGUGGACGACAAGCGUUACCGGUACGCCUUCCACAGCUCCUCCUGGCUGGUGGCGGGCAAGGCAGAUCCUGCCACACCGGGCCGCGUGCAUUACCACCCGGACUCGCCGGCCAAGGGCGCGCAAUGGAUGAAGCAGAUCGUGUCCUUCGACAAGCUCAAGCUGACCAACAACCUGCUGGACGAUAACGGCCACGUGAGCAGCCCCCGGGGUCCCGCUGCAGGGCCUCCAGGGUCCCCGGCAAUCAGGGGCAGUGGCUGGGGUGGGUGCGCCCACGAGGGCCAGGCUAUGGGGAAGAGCAGGCUGCUGGGCAGAGGCUGGGGCAGGCAGGAAGCUGUGUGGAAUUCACUCCAUGCCGGAGCAGUGGCCUCACCGACUUGCUGGCUGUGUCACUCACUGCCUAUCGGGGACCUAAGGAAAGAGAAGCCCAGCUCCAACGUUCUCUUUCGGCCACUGGGACAGUCCCCAGCGGGUCUCAGCUUCUCUUCUUGGGAGCUGAGCAUUUUCUGUGCCUUACCCAGGAAGUCCCAUUGCUUACUCUCAGCUCCUUUUGUAACUCCCACCACCCCACUGGAGCCGAUGCCCCUCCCCCACCUUGUCUUCCAGAUCAUUCUAAACUCCAUGCACAGAUACCAGCCCCGUUUCCAUGUGGUCUACGUGGACCCGCGCAAAGACAGUGAGAAGUACGCCGAGGAGAACUUCAAAACCUUCGUGUUCGAGGAGACUCGCUUCACGGCCGUUACCGCCUACCAGAACCACCGGAUCACGCAACUCAAGAUCGCCAGCAACCCCUUCGCCAAAGGUUUCCGCGAUUGUGAUCCCGAGGACUGGCCCCGGAACCACCGGCCGGGCGCGCUGCCGCUCAUGAGCGCCUUCGCGCGCUCGCGGAACCCCGUGGCCUCCCCGACGCAGCCCAACGGCGCCGAGAAAGACGCGGCCGAGGCCCGGCGAGAGUUCGAGCGCGACACGGGCGGGCCGGCCGUGCUGGCGGAUCCCGCGCACCCGCCGCAGCUGCUGGCGCGGGUGCUGAGCCCCGCACUGCCCGGGGCCGGCGGCGCCGGCGGACUCGUGCCGCUGCCCGGCGCUCCCGGAGGCCGGCCCAGCCCCCCGCACCCGGAGCUGCGCCUGGAGGCGCCCGGCGCGUCGGAGCCGCUGCACCACCACCCGUACAAGUAUCCGGCAGCCGCCUACGACCACUAUCUCGGGGCCAAAAGCCGGCCGGCGCCCUAUCCGCUCCCGGGUCUGCGCGGCCACGGCUACCACCCGCACGCGCACGCACACCCGCACGCGCACCACCACCCGGCCGUGAGCCCGGCCGCCGCCGCCGCCGCAGCAGCAGCAGCCGCCGCCGCAGCCAACAUGUACUCGUCCGCGGGUCCCGCACCGCCCGGCCCCUACGACUACUGCCCCAGAUAACGCGCGCCCCGACGGCCGGCCCGGGCAGGAACGCGCUUCCUAGUCCGGGGCCGCCACGGGUCGCCCCUUCCCCGGCCUCGAGGUCCUUAGGGUGGGGGGUGGGGUGGGGGGAUCUCUGCAGCCGCCAGCCCCAAGGGCCGCGCGGGGAUCCCCCUGCCCGCCAGUGCCAAAUCACCCGGUCUGAGGCGGUUGAGGAAGCGGGUAUUUAUUGUUCUCCCUCCCCUUGGACCGCGUCGUCCUGUGGCCGGCCGGCAGUUGCAGUGUAGACGACCCGAGCGAGAGCCCCCGCCGGUAGGCGGUGUAGAUACGUGUAGAUAUGUGUAGAUACUGUAGAUAACUGCGCCGGCGCCGACUUGAUAAACGGUUUCGCCUCUUUUGGAA